AUGAACGGCAUAUCGUCGACGCCGACGCCGAAGUCGAUGUACACGGAGUGGUCAGUGCUUCGAGUGGUGGAAAUGUGCGAAUCCAGUCGCGUAUCGGUUGUCCACAAAAUGCCACAAAUCAAUGGCACACUUCUGGUCAACUCGUGUGUCAAACCGUUGGCACAGAUGUUGAACAACGCAAACACAGCCACCGUUUCGUCGAUGGAUAACGACUUCUUGCAGAACGAUCGCGACGUCCUCUGGAUUAUGGAAGUGCUGUGUUAUGGCCUCUCUUUGCCCAUGUCUUCGGGCGAAUCUUCGGACUGUGUCCGCGAUUGCGUCCAUAUAUACAGCGAAUGGUUCCACGCGUUGAGUCCAGAGAUGUCUAAAUCGAAAGUCAUUCCGUUUCCCAUUAGAGACGACCCGAAUCUCUAUUGCCGUAAAAUCUUGGAACACAUUUACAACAUAUUCAUCUCCAGACCCGUCGCCACCACCGAUGCCAACCUCUUGGACGGCAUAAUCCAACGCCAGAGUAUGUUAUGUCACCGACUGUUGCGAACCGUCGAGAGUGUGGUUCAGGACGCGAAUAACGUGAUGGACAGACAGACGUGGGACACACUUCUCAUAUUCCUGUUGGCCAUCAACGACACGCUUCUGUCGCCGCCCGUCGAGGCCAACGACAUCGGGACACAACUCUGCGAACGAAUCAUUAGUGUGUUGUUUGAGAUCUGGUUAAUCGCUUGCGUCCGAUGUUUCCCUUCGCCAUCGUUUUGGAAGACAUUCCAACACUUGAGCACUGGUUGGCGACACAGACCGCCGCUCGUCGACAACUGGAACAGAAUUAACUACUCGUUGACAAUGCGUUUAGUGAAACACAUGUCUCCAAACACUUAUGACAUUAACGCCAAUUCUCCCACUCAUAACAAGAACACAUUGAACGAGAUCUUAGAUGAGAUGAACGAAGAGUCACUCAAACAGUGUUGGUAUCGAUUCCUACACACAAUCGGUAAUCCCGUGGACUUGUGUUCGCCGGAGAUAAUCAGCAAAACCGAUCGCUUCUAUCACAGCGCCUGUGCCUCGGAGAACGUGGUCGACCCGCGACAACACCCGUGUCUUAAUAAUUUGCCGCAUAUUUUCUACAAAGCGAUGAAAGGUCUGUCUAUUCUUGUGGACACAUUUCUGGGUAUACCAGUGACUGUGGAGGAGAUCGACGCCGACAUGUAUAAGUCGACGACAUCGUUAACCCUAUCGGCCGCGAGCUCUACACAAACGCCGCCCACACCUCCCGAGAAGCGCAGAGAUUUCGCGCGAUUUAAUUAUAAUAAGCAAAACCCACAGAAGUCAUUGGCGCCCACGAAGAGUGUAAAUGUCAAUAAAGUGGAACCAAUUAUUACUCCCUUACCGACCAUUAUAUACCCGUCGGCGCCCGACUAUAUUCUGGCGCCAACGCGACCCAAAUCGACCUCUAUUUUGGACAUAUUAGGCGAUUGGCUCUUUCAGGCGGCGCUCUACGGGUCGGACCUGAAAGAGAAACACGAAAUGAUUCGGUCGAGUAGUAAUCAAUCGUUUACUCAAUUAAAUGAAUUACAACGCAAACCAUCGGCAGCUUCUGAUCGCAUAUUGAUUGAAACGCUACCACUUCUGAGCGCCGAGAGCUUCGAAGCGGGUCAGGCCGAGGCCAUCGGCGCUCUCUGUCGGCUCUUCUGCUUCAAAAAAGCGGACGAAGAGAUCUCCACAAUGCUUAGCAAACAACCGCAUCCGCCAUCAGUACAAAAGGUCAAGAAUUAUUUAACACGUUUUCAUUUAGCCCUUCAGUUCGGACUAUCGCUCAAAGAACCAUUUCGUCGCCAAAUAAUUGCGAGUAUUCUUAUAAACUCGACCAAAAUGUUUGAAGUAGACCUCCCGGGGGGUAGUCUUUUGAUUCCUCAUUACUUGAAAGCACUGGAGAUUUAUUUGAUUCCAAAAGAAAAGCUAAACACAAAACCCGACGUCGAGAUUCGCCGGUCAUGUAUUAAACUAUUGUUAUCGCUGUUCUCAUAUCCGCUUCACUUUAACGAACUUCCCAUUAAAGGCGGUUUUCUGUUAAUGGUUUCCGACGCCGCAGUUCACGACUGUUUUACUCAAAUCGAUUCCAUAGACACCAGCAUUGAGACGAUGAGAUCAAAUUCAUUGAAUGAGCAAAUGAGAUCUGAAUCGCCAGGACUUCAAUUCGGACAACAGUUUUUCCAUCAAACGAGUUGUGACUCAAGUCUGGUCUCAAAUGAUAUCCCGUAUUCAGACGACGGGAAAGGCAUUCCUGACACAGCGAAAGGACUGUUCGGUCGGACGCUUUCACAUGUGGGACAAGUGCUAAUCAGAUGUCGCGAUAAAAACCAAUACGAUUCGCACGUUUCGUUGGCAGCUCUGGAAGUGUUGUCAGCCAUCGGACGAAUCCAUUUGUCGAACGGCUCGAAGAGCUCUCAAUACACGAAUUGUGUGCUCGAAUGCAAAGAGACAGUGAAGCAGAUCUUCUCGUUCAUUGAGAAUCAGUGCGAAAAACCGGCGCCAUUCCACUCGAAAGACUUACAUUCCACGAUUGUCGCCGCCUAUCAGUGCCUCGCCGUCUGGUUUCACGAACACUCACACCUUCUCAAGGAAAAGGACUGCAUUUCGAUGCUCUUAGAGGUCAUCGAAUUGGGUAUUUCCGGCUCAAAGUCCAAGAAGAAUGGAUUCGUAUUCAAAGCCGAUAAGCAGCUAAAGCCCGCCUCAAUGAGAGUGCGAGAAGCGGCCGAAUCG